CCAGCUAGGAUCUUUUCAUGACAGACUGCUACUGUGAGCCAACUGAACCAACAGGCAGGUUUCAUCAACAAUUCCCAGGAAAUGAUGGUUCAGAUUAUUAAAGACAUGGAUGAAUUAAAAACAUUUUUGAAAGCUGCCGGAAGCAAACUUGUGGUGGUUGAAUUCUCAGCAAAAUGGUGUGGUCCUUGCCAAAAGAUUUGUCCUCUUGUUCAUGCAAUGUCUCUGCAGUACCGAAAUGUAAUGUUUGCCAAUGUGGAUGUGGAUGAUUCUCGGGACUUGGCCCAAAUUUAUCAUGUCAAAGUCAUACCCACAUUUCAGAUGUUCAAGAAGGCCCAGAAGGUAACCCUAUUCUCGAGACUCAAAAGAGCCUUUUGCUGUAAUGGAAGUGGAAUCGUGAGCAAGCCGAUUUUUGAAUUUUGUGGAGCUGAUGCUCAAAAAUUGGAAGCGAAGAUUCGAGAACUAAUGUAAGCCGAUCUCCAAGAUAAAAUACAUUUGCAACAUUUUAAAAGGCGGCAGCUAAUGUGUUUGUGUU